UUUGGUAUAUUUAAACUAAGUUGGCAAGGCACAUUCCAGCAAUAAAACAAAACAAAUAAAUAUUUUGAAUUAUUUUCAAAAAUGAGCAAUUUACAGCAUUUUACUUUGGAUUCCACCAAACCUCUAUUCCCCGAUGACGGCAUUCUCAAGCUUUACUCGAUGCGGUUCUGCCCCUAUGCCCACCGCGUGCACUUGGUCCUGGACGCCAAGAAUGUGCCCCAUCACGAUAUCUUCAUCAACCUGAAGGAGAAGCCCGAGUGGUUCCGCGAAGUGAGCAGCAGUGGAAAGGUUCCAGCUUUGGAGCUCGUGAGGGAACCCGGUCAUCCGGUUUUGAUCGAGUCCCUGAUUAUCUGCGACUACCUGGACGAGAAAUAUCCGGAGGUGCCACUGUGGCCUAAGGACCCCCUCCAGAAGGCAAAGGACCAGAUCCUAGUCGAACGCUUCGGCCAGUUUAUCACCACUUUUUACAGGAUUCUUCUCAACCCGAAUCCUGCCGAUCUGGAGAGUGACGAUAUCUUUGCCGGGCUGGCCAUCUAUGAAGAAGAGCUGAAGCAGCGUGGCACUGACUUCUUUGGCGGCUCUGCUCCAGGCAUGUUGGACUACAUGAUUUGGCCGUGGUGUGAGCGUUUUGCUGCUUUGAAGUACGAUCGAGGAUUGGUUUUGGAUCCGGAGCGUUUUUCUACUUUGCUUAAAUGGCGCGAUUUGAUGCUCCAAGACCGAGCUGUCAAGAUCUUUUAUCUAGAUGGAGAAACCCAUGCCAAGUACAUGAAGUCCAGACGAGAUGGCAAUCCCGACUACAAUAUGCUCUACAAAGCCACCAAGCGCCCAAAAUUGGAGUAACUUACAAUUACAGUAUUUAAAAAUAUUUUUUUGAGCAAUGUACAUAUAAUGGAAAUAAAGUUGAACAUGGAACAGCUUUCAUGUGAU